AUGGCCUGGGAGCUGCGGACUGCCCAGGCAAUGCUGCAGACGUUCUUGGACAAGGUGGCUCGACGGUGCCACGAGCUGGAGGCAGGUGUGGGUGAACCAGUCGAAUCCGCGUUUGGCCAGGAUGCUUUGGAUGACUGGUACAGCGAUCCCUGGGCUUCCCCAGGCAUGGGCAGAAAGAAUUCAUCUGGUUCACGCCUGGGCGACAGGCGGGGACACCGGAAGACCUCAGGGAGCAUUCGAGGAGCGGAGGUGCAGACUUUCUGCCUGGAGCAACUGGACGAUGCACCUACAGAGGUGGCUGACGCCGCUCCAUUGGAGGACGUGUCGGAUCCUGGUGAUGGCCGACCCAGUGAGCCGCAAUGGCAGUACGGAAGGUGCGUCGCGCUGAAGCUGGUUGCACACAGUCCGCAGGGCAACAGCGCGUUUGAGCAGCUACUGCCAGUUCUUCUCAGCGUUUUCCAAGUCAGCGAUGAUGAAAGGGUGUUGUGUGGGCAGUGCCUCUCAAAGGAGAAGCUCCUUCGUGGCUCGACGGAAGCAACACGGAACGUGGUGGAUCGACGCUUAGACUCCAAGUCUUUGCUGCCGGGGCUCCGAUGUGAAUUUGCUUUUGUGGACAGGAGUGACGACGAGGAUUUUGAGAUUGGGGAUGAAGUGGAGAUCCACGGUUUGCAAGGUGCAAAGGAAUUAAAUGGUCGGACAGGGCGGAUCGUCGCCUUUGUUGAAGAGACCCAGCGGUUUGGAGUGAAAUUAGAUGGCGAGCUGGAGAACAAAGCUGUUCGCCCUGCAAACCUCCGCCGGCUUGAUGAGGACAAUGGUGCUUCAGAGCGGGCGAUGCUGGAAGCGCAGCUGGCGCAGGUGGUGCAGCAGCUGAAGACAGCGGAGGAGGGCGGCGAGGAUAAAAGCUUGUACCAGCGAAUGCUUGCUGAGCUAAUCAGAAAGCUCAAGGAUAUCGAUGAGAUAAACGAGGCACGCGCCAAGCAGCGAGCAGCAGCGGCGGCCAAUGCUGCGGCCGCAGCGGCGGAGAAGGCGGCUGAAAGGGCAAAGAAAGCCCAGGAGGACCGGCCGGUGCUCGGCCCGAAGCCUCCAGUAGGUGCCGCUAAGGCUCCAGAAGGCCUCAGACCGCCGCCCCUGCCACGGGAACAACACCACCCAUUGCCUCCAAAGCAGAGGGAGAAGCUUUCCAGCGACGCGAAGCCCGAGCCGCGGCCACCUCCGGCCCCACGGCCGGGACCGCCACCGGUGCUGCCGCAAAGGCCUGAAGGGCAGCUGGCUCCACAGAAGCCAAGCAAGCCCAUGUACACAGAUGAACACGAAUACCCUGACCCAACAAGGGCAUACCAAGCUGGCAGGGUAUUCGCGGGCUCCAUCCUUUGCGGCCUCAUAGCUUCACAGGCUGACUUGUUUCCUGCAACCUGGAUUGUUUGGACUUUCCUUUUGGUCCACCUGAUGGGCGUGGCCUUCCUCACCGACUAUGCUGGACACAGUGGCCUUUUGGCCCUUUGUGCAACCUUCGGGCUUCAUGCCGGCUUUGCUCUCAGCGAGUUCGCUCUCUGGAUCCUCGGCCAAGACGGUUCUGAUUCCGUCGGCCCUUGGUCAGUCUUGGUUUUCUUCUGCUGCAUACUGUAUUUUCAUUCUUUCUGGAUGGAAUCCACGGUUCUGCCGCCGGAUUACAUCACUAGCAUUUCACUGUUUUUCCCGAUGUUUCCCGCGUUUAACGCGGCCGUUGCAUGCAGUUGCCUUGAGCUCUUCCUGGAAUGGAGAUGGUUUCCGGACUACAAGCUGUGGCCAUCCCUCGCGGUGCUUGGAGCAGCGAUGUGUGCUGCUGGCCAGGUGCUGAUUGCUGUUGCCUCACGAACGGCCGACCGCAAUUAUUGGGCAAGCUGUCGCAACAUGCCGGAAGAGGAGGAGCGACCCGAGGAUUUUGUUGGCUUGGAAAUCCCUGAUCGACGGAUAAUUCAGGAGGGUGUGUACCAGUACGAGAGGCAUCCUGCCUAUCUGGGUGCCAUGCUCUGGGGCCUCGGAAUCGAGGUUGCCUUGUGCAAUCCCGUGAUGGCCCUGGUGGUCGGCUUCGUGCUGUGGGCUUCGUUGCUUUACGUUGCCUUAGAGGAGGAGCAGGAGUUGUACGAUGAGUUCAAAGGUGGUUAUGCGAACUAUGCCACCCUGACCUCAUGUUGGAUCCCACUCUUCAACUCGUUCUUAGAAAACUCCGCCUUUCAACGGGAGAUGACAGACACCUGUGAGGAAGACCAUGAGAAUCUGCAAGAGGAGACGGAGGAAGAGGGCGAGGAGGAAAUGGACGACGACCUCCGAAGUGAAGACGACUUGCUGCCUACCUGGGAGGGCGUACCGAAAGGCAUAGAUGUGGUGCUCUCUGGAAUCGCCAAUUCCGUGAGCGAGGGCCCAAGCUGCAAAGGAGUUAAACGCGCCUUGGAUGCUUGGAUGAAGUGGUACAUUGGUGUUUGGUGGCCUCACAACCUACCACGGAAGACAUGCUGGGCCAAGAACACCAUUCCAUUCAUUUGCUUCCUGGCCACGGUUGGCUACUCUGCUUGGUUCUUGGCAUUCCACACAGAGUUCCUGGUCUUGCAGACCACCGGCAGCCCACAGAGAGAGCGUUUGGUGCAGGGAGAGGUACCUGAAGUUUCCAGCGAGGACGAUGCCUUGAGACCAUCAGAGAAUCUUGACCUGGCAGAGAAUGGCGAACCUCCAAGUAAGAUGGAUCACGAAGACGUCCUUCCUUUGGUGCAGGAAUUUCACCCAUCCGCGAAUACAGCAGAGCCAUCGCACACAACGAGAUCUGCAGGCACCAGCCCUGGCAAACUGCACUCCGCGACUCUGACAGUGGCCCUUGCCGCUAAUACCAAGCAAUUGGACGGGGUUCUCGUGGUGAUUAAUUCUGCGCUCUCUAAUGCAAUGAACUCCUCGAAGUUGAAGUUCCGCAUCCUGACUACCGGCCAGGAUGCGGGCCCACUCAUCAAUCAUGUCAGGGAGAGGCUCUUGAACUUUCAGCUUGACGUCUCAGCAGUGGACUUUGACCCCUGGGCUCCCCGUGUCCGGCAGCUGCUUGGUGGCCAGUCGUCGGCCAGGAAGGAGCUUUUUGACGAGCUGAAUUUCGCAGCCUUCUACUUGCACGAGGCCCUCCCGGAGGCCGGGCGAGUGCUGUAUUUGGACACAGACGUGGUGGUCACCUCUGACUUAGCCGAUCUGAUUGGCAUCGACCUGCACGGUAAGCCUGCGGCCGCCGCCGAGGAUUGCUCACAAAGAUUGGGCAAGUAUGUGGACAUGAGUCGAGUGAAAACCAGCGUUGUUGAGAGCAAGUUGCCUCUCACACUGCAUGCCAACAAGAAAACAUGUGUCGUGAAUCGCGGUGUUGUGCUGGUGGACACCUCCCAGUGGGCUGCAAGCAACAUCACCAGUACAAUCGAGGCUUUGGUGCGCCUGCAUCUGACGAAGGGUCUCGGGCCCCUUUGGAGAGCUGGUGUCUCUCAGCCCCCAUUCCUGCUGGCCGUUGCCGGCAGAUAUCAUGACCUAGGUGCUGAGUUCAACGUUCGCGGCCUGGGCCGCGGUGACAUUGCUCCUGAGGAGGUGGACUUCUACAAGAAGCAUAAGAAGUGGAGCAGCUACUUUGACGGCUUCCUGCUUAAGUGCAAGUUCCAUUGCUGCCCAGGCUGCAAGGGCUGGGCGCUUUCGCCUCACAUUUCUCCACUUGCACAUCAGGCGAAGAUCUUGCACUUCAACGGCCGCCUGAAGCCAUCCAAGCAGGGCUUUCGCAGCCGUCAGCCUGUGAAGCCCCCUCAUCGACAGCUGGAUGAGGAAGAACGGGCAGCGCGAGAACAGCGACCGCUUUGCAGCUGCGGAUCUGGUUGCUUGCAGGAGUGCGCCGGCAUUUGGUGGCAAUACAUGCCUCCAGAAAGCCUGAAAACCGAGAGCGGAUAUCUCCAUGAGGUGGAAGGCAAUUGUCACAUGGGGCCCGCACGAAGCUGUGGCCGUUGGGCUCACGCUCACAUUGCAACAUUGCUGCACGUCGUCUGCAACAGACCUCGCCUAUGCCAGAAAGUACAAUUGCAUUUGGCUCAAGCUGCAGGCUUUGCCUUCCCAAAAAGGGCAGGUGUUGCGCUGCCGAGCCUACCAAGUGUAUCUAUCGUACUCUAA